UGUUAAAUGUUAAAUAUUUUAUAUUAAACGAAAGUGUUAGUUUUACAGAAAAAAAAAUUGUGUGAAAAUUUUAUUGUGUCAGAAAUUUAAAUAACUAAAAAUGACAAGUAUACAAACAACAAUUUCAUUUAAUGUACGAAAGAAAUGUUCGUUUUAUGGAAAUAAACAUACUGUAAUGAAAGAAGAUUUUACUAAUGCAACCAUUAGAGAUUCUUCUUAUAAAUAUACACCAACUGUGAGAAAAGUUAUUACUUUAAGUAGUAGUGAAUCAGAGUCAGAUUUAGAUUCAGAUAUAGAAAAUGUAAUAAAGAAUAAUAUAAAUGUCCAUGAUAAUACAAUUAGUAUACAAACUCCUCAAUGUAUAAAAAAAUCCGAAUCUGAUGAAGGUAAUGGUUCUACUCCUCCAAAACAAAGAAGAGUGGAUAAAUCAUUUUCAUUAACAUCUCCAUCUACACCUUCUACUCUUUUUGAUAAAUUAAAUUUAUCUUCUUCUAAUAAGGAGGAAAAAUUAUGUCCUAAAAGAUUAUUUGGAUCAGAAAUAUAUCGUAAAGCUCGUAAAGCUUUACAUAGUUCAGUACCUCAAAGUUUGCCUGGCAGAGAAAAUGAAUUACAAAAGUUAGAAGAAUUUAUAGAAAAACAUUUGAAAAAUGAAACAUCAGGUUCUUUGUAUGUAUCAGGACCACCUGGUACUGGAAAAACAGCAUGUCUUUCAAAGCUCAUAUCAAAAGUUGAAUUCAAAUCAAAAUUUAAUAUAGUUUAUAUUAAUUGUACAACUAUGAAAUCUGCUGCUACAAUUUAUAUAAAAAUUAGUCAAGAAUUAGGUUUAUCUAUAUCAAAAUCUGGAAGAAACAGUAAAGCAGUUAUUGAAAAAUAUUUAAUUUCAAAUCAUAAAAUGUUGCUACUAAUUUUAGAUGAAAUAGAUCAAUUGGAAAGUAAAAAACAAUCUGUUUUAUAUUCUAUUUUUGAAUGGCCAUCAAUAAAUAAUUCAAAAUUAAUUUUAAUUGGUAUUGCCAAUGCUUUAGACUUAACAGAUAGAAUAUUACCUAGAUUACAAACAAGAUGUGAAUUAAAGCCAACAUUGAUUCAUUUUUCACCAUAUACAAAACAAGAAAUAUAUAAUAUAAUAUGUGAAAGAUUAAAUGAAGCAAAAGCAUCUGAUUUAUUCACUAAAACUGCAAUACAUAUGUUAUCUGGGAAAGUUGCUGCUGUUUCUGGUGAUAUUAGAAGAGCAUUAGAUAUCAGUAGAAGAGUAAUAGAACUUACUGAAUCUCAUAAAUUAGCACAAAUUUUACAACCAUAUAAUGAGAUAAAUAUGACUAAAAAGCAACAGACUACAAUAGAUCAACCAGUAGAUUUAAAAGAUGUUAUCACAGUCUUAAAUGGUGUUUAUGGUGGAUCUCAAAAUAUUGAAAAAGAAGAAAGUACAUUUCCUUUACAACAAAAAUUAUUAUUAUGUUCCCUCUUGCUUAUUUUAAAUAAAGGGCGAAAUAAAGACAUAACAGUGGGAAGAUUGCAUGAAGUAUACAAAAAAGUAUGUAAGAAACGGAAUAUUCACGCUGUUGAUGCAUCUGAAUUUUAUAAUUUAUGUUCAUUGAUAGAAACCAGAGGUAUCUUAAAAUUAAUAAAAAAAAAAGAAUCUCGUUUGGCAAAAAUAAAUUUGGAGUGGGAUCAAGAAGAAUUAGAUGCAACAUUACAAGAUAAAAAUAUGAUGGCAGAAAUCAUUAAUGAUAUUACUUGUUUAUAGAUAUUAUUUAAACAAUUAGGUGUCUUUUUAUAUUUUUUAUAAAUCUUAAAAAAGUAUAUUGCAUUUACUUAACAAGUAGUGAAUAUUUCAAAAUAGAUUGUCAAGAUUGUAGCAUGUAAUUUUAUAUUAUAUUUUUAUAUUA